CCGUGGUUCCAGAAGGCGGAUUUAAUUAAAGGACGUGAAGGCAUCAUCGUUGACAGUCUUCCGCUUGUCGGAUAAACACGCAGCUUCAAACAUGACCGCUUCUGUUGUUGUCCGGAGGUUGGCAGCUCUGUCAGGGGCUUCUGCAGUGGCAGCCGGGGCAUACGGGGCUCACGGCUUCAAAAACAGCGACCCUGAUGACUACCAGAGAGUGCUAUUCGAAACUGCCAACAAGUAUCAUUUCUACCACAGCCUGGCUCUGCUGGGUGCUGCCCACUCCAGCAAACCUGCUGUGGCUGGGACUCUCCUGUUAGCGGGCAUGGGGAUGUUCUGUGGCUCUCUGUACCACCAGUCGAUGACAGGAGACCCAGCUCUACGCAAGAUUGCUCCCAUGGGGGGUAUGGCUAUGAUCGCUGGCUGGCUGGCUAUAAUUCUCUGAACUGUAACAGUUCACAGCCCCCUCCACAGGGCCGCUGAGUGACGCUGGACUGUCAGACUGUUAAUGGAUGAACUGCAGAGCUUGGGGGGAGUUUGAAAGUGCUGAGUAAUGUCGCCCAUCUAAUCGCUCCCUGUCCGGGGGUUGUGGGUGUCAGCAGCAAGAUAAGGUCACAGGAUUAUCACUUUUCUACCAUUGCUGUCUGUUUCUGAUCGCCGCCCUUAUGUUAAAAUGGAUAGUGAGAGAAUAAAGUGUGUGUCAUCUCGACAA